AUGGAGGCUGAUAUGACGGAGAGUGCUCAAAGCAAAUNCGCAGAGUGUAAGAAAAAAUAUGUCUGGGAAGCUAUCUUAAGCCAAACAGUGCCACUCCCUGUCCCUAGCACUGGAGACAAGCACAUGCCAGGCAACAGGGGCUUCCUGGAUGUGGUGGCUGCUCUUCGCUGGAUCCAGGGGAACAUAGCCCCCUUUGGGGGAGAUCCCAACUGUGUCACUAUCUUCGGUAACUCUGCUGGAGGCAUUAUUGUCUCAUCCCUGUUCCUGUCUCCAAUGUCUGCUGGGCUCUUCCACAGAGCCAUAUCCCAGAGUGGGAUUGUCACCACCAUUAUGAUGGAAGACAUGAAACCAUGGCCUGAAGCUCAGAACUUUGCCAACUCUGUGGCCUGUGGCUCUGCAUCCCCAGCUGAGCUGGUCCAGUGUUUGCUGCAGAAGGAAGGAAAGGACCUUAUCAAGCAGAAAAAGGUGGACAUUUCCUACACAGUCAAUGACUCCUUCUUCCCACAAAGGCCGGAGAAGCUCCUAGCAGACCAGCAAUUCCCCACUGUGCCCUAUCUUUUGGGAGACCAUGAGUUUGGCUGGCUUCUACUCAAAUCCUUGAAUAUCCUGGAUAAGUUGGAACAUCUGAGCCGGGAAGACCUGUUGAAGAUUUCACGGCCCUUCUUGGCCAUUAUGGAAGUGCCCCCUGAGAUCAUGCCCACUGUCAUAGAUGAAUACCUAGACAAUGGCUCAGAUGAAUCAGCUACAAGGUAUGCCUUCCAGGAAUUGCUGGGUGAUAUCUCGUUUAUCAUUCCUACCUUGAACUUCUCAAAAUACCUUCAAGAUGCUGGGUGCCCUGUUUUCUUGUACGAGUUCCAGCAUACACCCAGUUCUUUUGCAAAGUUCAAGCCAGCCUGGGUGAAGGCUGACCAUGCGUNUGAGAAUUCCUUUGUUUUUGGAGGUCCUUUCCUCACUGAUGAGAGUUCCCUCCUGGCCUUUCCAGAGGCCACAGAGGAAGAGAAGCAGCUGAGCCUGACCAUGAUGGCCCAAUGGAGUCAGUUUGCACACACAGGGAACCCCAAUGGCAAGGGGCUGCCUCCUUGGCCCCAAUUAAACCAGUUAGAACAAUACUUGGAGAUUGGUCUAGAACCAUGGACUGGGGUGAAGCUAAAGAAGGGNCGGCUACAGUUCUGGACAGAGACACUGCCCAGAAAAAUUCAAGAAUGGCACCGAGAGCAGAGAAGCAGGAAAGUUCCAGAGGAGCUCUGAGNCCAGACCUACCUGGACCUUCCUGACUGGGACAACCCAAGAAUAGUGGCAUCCAAGCAGGGCAACUACAACUUCCUUCUGUUUCUGUUCAGACUUUAGCCUGGACCACACUGCUGUGAGCCCAAGUUUCUUAAAUCAUCGGCCCCCGCAAGACCAGUAUGGUCGACUACAGAAUUUUACCAAUCUGGUUUCUACUUCUUGAUCAUUGAACAUACUCCUGUUUCUUCCUAAAGUGACUUGAACCCUUGCUGUAUGGCACAGUCCAACACAUUAAUAAAGCUCUUCAGAAGAUCUGUUCUCUUGA